CCAGGACGCUGGCCUGACCUGCGCUCGGCGCGGCCUGCCCUGGCUCGUGGGGGGCGACGCCCUGGACGUCCAGGACACCCUCACGUUCAUCGCGUGGUGCGGGCUGAUCCUCUCCUUCUGCUGCGCCCGCAGCUGCGGGGCGAUCCGGGGAGGCGCCUCUGGACAGCGCCCCAGCGUCAGCAUGAGGCAGGUCCGGGAGCUGCGCUCGCAGCUGGCGCAGAUCCCGACGGAGCCCCCGAGCAGGCCCGCUGCAGAGGGACCGCCGGCAGGAGGUGGCGGCUCCGCAGCGGAGACGGACCCAGGCUACACCUCGGACGGCGGCGCCGGGGAGGUCUGCCCCAUCUGCCAGAACGACAUCGUCGUCCGGGUGGCCUUCCGCCCCUGCGGCCACACCGCAUGCCGCGACUGCGUGGGCCGCGUGGUGGAGAUCAACCAGCGGUGCCACAUCUGCCGGGCGUCCAUCGAGGGCGUCCAGCCCGUGUACAUCUGACCCGCAAUUUCGGACGCAACUCCUGGGAGGUCAAAUUCUGAUUCAGCCCUGGUCCGAGAUCCGGCUCCAUCGGGCUUAAUCCCGCUUUAUCCGGUCUAAUCCCGCUUAAUCCCGC